GUAGAAAUCAGGUGCAGCCAGGUGUUGAAGACAUGAUCUCAGAGGUACAGGUAGAGGGCACCUUUCGGGAUGGCACAAAACUGGUGACAGUGCACCAGCCUAUUGUGUUGGAUGACGGAAACCUUGAGCUUGCACUGUAUGGGAGCUUUCUUCCCAUUCCAGACCUGAGUCUUUUCAAUGGUGGAAACUGUCUUCAUGUGGUCCCGGGUCAACUGUACACUGAGAAUGGAGACAUUGAAAUGAAUGUGGGUCGCAAAACUGCCAACAUCACCGUCACCAGUCUGUGUGACAGGCCCAUUCAGGUUGGCAGCCAUUAUCAUUUCCUGGAGGUGAACAAGUUCCUGCAGUUUGACAGGACCCAGGCUUAUGGCAAAAGACUGAAUAUCCCAGCAGGCACUGCUGUCCGGUUUGAACCAGGUGAGACCAGGGAGGUCCAGCUUGUGGAGAUUGCAGGGAACAGUGUUAUCCAUGGUGGAAACUUCCUAAGUGAUGGCAAGUUCGAUGAGUCCAAGAUUGCUGCCAUUUUGGAGAACAUCAAGAGUAGAGGUUUUGCACACAAGACACAGGAUGCAAACAUCCUGAAGAGACCAAAGACAAACCUCUGUGUGAUGCCACGUCACAUCUACGCACACACAUAUGGCCCUACAACAGGGGACUGUGUCCGACUGGGGGACACCUCAUUGAUCAUAGAGGUGGAGAAGGACUUAACUGUGUACGGGGACGAGUGCAAGUUUGGAGGUGGAAAGGUACUGAGAGAGGGUAUGGGGCAGAUGGCAGGGGUGAGUGCAGCUGAUGCCCUGGACACGGUCAUCACUAACGCCCUGAUCGUGGAUGCUGUGACUGGGAUCAUCAAGGCUGAUGUGGGCAUAAAGGAUGGUAUGAUCGUUGGCAUUGGCAAGGCAGGAAACCCAGAUGUCAUGGCAAACGUCAAUACAAACCUAAUAUGUGGGGCGACCACAGAGGCCAUAGCAGGAGAGGGUCUCAUCCUGACCGCUGGGGCGCUGGACGCACAUGUCCACUUCAUCUGUCCUCAGCUGGCCCGAGAAGCCGUGGCCUCUGGAGUGACCACCAUGUUUGGCGGCGGCACUGGCCCUGCCACGGGUAGUAAUGCCACAACAUGUACACCUGGGCCAAACCAUAUCAAAGCAAUGAUGCAGAGUACUGAUGCCUUCCCACUCAACUUCGGGUUCACAGGAAAAGGCAAUACCUCCCAGCUGGAUGGAAUAUCUAAAGAGAUAGAAGAACAAAUAGAGGCUGGUGCCAUUGGUUUAAAGCUUCAUGAAGACUGGGGUUCCACACCUGCAGCUAUUGACACCUGUCUACGUGUAGCUGAGAAACAUGAUGUACAGGUGAUGAUCCACACAGACACUUUGAAUGAAUCAUCGUGUGUGGAGCAGACAAUAGAAGCUUUCAAGGGCCGAACCAUCCACACCUACCACUCAGAGGGUGCGGGGGGUGGCCACGCCCCUGACAUCAUCAAGGUGUGCGGAGUGCCUAAUGUCCUGCCCUCCUCCACCAACCCCACCCGCCCUUACACCGUCAACACCAUCGACGAGCACCUGGACAUGCUCAUGGUCUGUCACCAUCUCGACAAGAACCUUUCAGAAGAUGUUGCUUUUGCUGAGUCACGAAUCCGAGCUGAAACCAUCGCAGCUGAGGACAUCCUGCAUGACAUGGGAGCCAUCAGCAUCAUAGCAUCAGACUCACAGGCUAUGGGAAGAGUUGGUGAGGUCAUCACCAGAACGUGGCAGACGGCAGACAAGAUGAAGCAACAGCGAGGGGCGCUGGCGGGAGAGACCGGAGACAACGACAACCUCCGUGUCAGGAGAUACGUGGCCAAAUACACCAUCAACCCAGCAAUCAGUAACGGCAUGGCACAUCUUAUUGGCUCUGUGGAGAAAGACAAGAUGGCUGACUUGGUCCUGUGGAAACCAGCUUUCUUUGGUGCCAAACCAGAAAUCAUCAUCAAGGGUGGACAUAUUGCGUGGGCCCAGAUGGGGAUGCCCAAUGCCUCCAUCCCCACCCCGGAACCAGUCAAGACCAGGAAGAUGUUUGGUGCUUACGGCAAAGCUGUCGGCAACAACUCUGUCAUGUUUGUCUCUAAGUCUUCCAUUGAGAGAGGGAUCCCACAAACAUAUGGAUUGAGCAAGAAACUAGUUCCCAUCAAAAACUGCCGAGGGUUGACCAAAAAAGACAUGGUCCUCAAUGACUACACUCCAAACAUAACAGUGGAUCCCCAGUCCUACCAGGUCCAUGUGAUAAGAGAAGAGAACGGAGAAGAAGUGAGGGAACAUCUGACAUGUGAGCCUGCCAAACAGCUUCCCUUGGCUCAGAAAUACUUCCUGUUCUAAUAGUAAAUUACCUGGAUAUUCAUCCCCAAAGAUCCACAGGUUUGCACUGUACCAGAAGCUUGCUUAGAGCAAUUAUCAGUAGGGCGGAUCUAAUUAGUCCAACACUUCAGGUAAAAUGUCCCAACCUUCCUACCUGGUCCUGAUUUUGGCUACACAUCAGGAGUGGUGCCCUUUUCUCGUGAAGGGCAAGCAUAUCUUUGCUAGCAUCUAGACUACAAUACAUGUAUUAGUCAUCCAGGGUAUAGAACAAGGGGAGCAAUCUCAGACUCAGACCAUCUGAACAUAUGUGCUCCAGAA